AUGGCAGCUUUUGCUAAACUCUUCCUUGAUGAUUCUGACAUUUUUGAUGAUCCAAUGUUAUAUCGAAGCACUGUUGGUGCUCUACAGUAUCUGACCAUGACUCAACUAGACCUGGCUUUCUCUGUGAACAAGGUGGCCCAAUUUAUGUCCAAGCCCACGGUUAACCAUUGGGAUGCUGUCAAGCGUAUCCUACGUUACAUCAAGCACACCUACACCCUUGGUCUUCAUAUUCGUCGCUCUCCAUCGACUCAACUUCAUGGCUAUAGUGAUUCGUAUUGGGCCGGGUUCCUUGAUGACCGACGAUCUCAUGGCAGCUAUUGCAUUUACUAUGGGCCAAAUCCCAUAUCCUGGUCCUCCAAGAAACACUCCACUGUCUUUAGAUCCAGUAUUGAGGCAGAGUACAUGUCUCUCACCAUCCUUGCAGCCGAACUGGUUUGGAUUCAAAUGAUCCUUCGUGAAAUGGGCUUCUCUCCCACUUCCUCUCUAGUCUUGUGGUGUGACAAUAUCGGUGCCACCUACCUUGCUUCCGAUCCCGUUCAGCGCUCUCACAGCAAGCAUGUUGAGCUGGAUUAUCACUCUGUUCGGGACAAAGUUCAACAUCGCCUCCUUGAGAUCAUAUUUCUCUUCACUGUUGAUCAAACGGUAGAUGUCUUCACCAAGCCUCUGCACGUUCGCCGCUUCUUCUUCCUCUGUGACAAGUUCUCCAUGACUACCACGACAUCGCUUGAGGGGGCGAGUUAG